GAUAGGAAUAAUGACCGCCUUCGUAGCAAUGGCUGAAACAGGGAACAACACAAGAACCACACCGGAGCGUUUUAGCUGACCAGGAAGAGGGUUAAUCACCGGGCACCCCCUCCUACCCGGUUUUCAGAACGGAUGGGUAGAGGGGGUAUUGCCACAGACACAAGAAACGAAAGAGACUCGGAGGAAAGGGAAAGAAAGCUAAAGCUACCUUGAUAGCUAGCGCUAGCUGGCUAUCAACACGGUUGUCACUGCCGGGAAGGAAACCCGAGGACCUGUGACAACUGUGUCUGGAGGUCUGGAGGAAACGGGGGCUUAACGCCGGAGCGUGUGGUCAAACACAUCUGGCUCGUCGUUAAUAUGAGCGGACCGGGGCAGGACAGUGAGCCAGAGGCGAAAGUCCUUCUCAUCAAACGGCUUUACAGAGCUGUGGUGGAGUCCGUGCACAAGCUAGAUGUCAUCAUUGGCAGCAAAGCAUCCUACAGAGAAGUCUUCAAGCCGGAGAACAUCAGCCUCCGUAACAAGUUGAGGGAACUUUGUGUGAAACUGAUGUUUCUCCACCCUGUUGACUACGGCCGAAAGGCUGAGGAACUGCUCUGGAGGAAGGUUUACUACGAGGUCAUCCAGGUCAUCAAGACCAACAAGAAACACGUCCACAGUCGCAGCGCUCUGGAGUGCGCCUACCGCACACACCUGAUUGCUGGUGUGGGCUUCUAUCAGCACCUGCUGCUCUACAUCCAGUCCCAUUAUCAGCUGGAGCUGCAGGACUGCAUUGACUGGACCCAUGUCACAGACCCACUCAUCGGCCGAAAGAAACCGGUGUCGUCCACCCCCAAGGAGAUGGAGUGGGCGCAGAUGGCCUGCCAUCGCUGCCUGGUCUACCUUGGAGAUCUAGCGCGUUAUCAGAAUGAGCUGGCUGGAGUGGAGGCUGAGCAGCUGGCAGAGAGGUUUUACCAUCAGGCUCUGUCUGUCAUGCCUCAUGUCGGAAUGCCUUUUAACCAGCUGGGAACCCUAGCAGGGAGUAAAUUCUACAAUGUUGAAGCAACCUACUACUACCUACGCUGCAUCCAAUCAGAGACCCCCUUUGAGGGCGCAUACGGGAACCUCAAACGCCUUUUCGACAAAGCUGCCAAGAUGUACCACCAAGUGAAGAAGCAGGAAAUGAAGAAGCUGUCUCCAUCUCGACAAAGAUCUAAAGACAUUAAGCGUCUGUUGGUGAGCUUCAUGUACCUGCAGAGUCUCCUUCAGCCCAAGAACAGCCUGAUGGAGACAGAGCUGACGUCGCUCUGCCAGUCGGUGCUGGAGGACUUCAACCUGGUCUUGUUCUACCUGCCGCCACCAAUGCCCAGCAGUGCUCACCAACCCCCCAGUGAGGAAGAGGAGGAGCAGCAGCAGCAGCAGCACACGGACAGCUCCUGCCCUGUGCUGCCCGACACACUGGUGUUUAAGAUGGUGGUCACAUGUCUGAUGGUGGUGCACAGCCUCAAGAGGGGAGGUUCAAAGCAGUACAGUGCAUCUAUAGCCUUUACUUUGGCACUCUUCUCCCACCUCGUCAACCACGUCAACAUCCGGCUGCAGGCUGAACUGGAGGAGGCGGAGAGCCAGGUGCCACCUCUUCACACAGACGCUACAGAUGACCUUGAUGUGGCUCCAGUGACGGACCACUGUGACGAAAGGCCUCUGCAGAACGGCUCAGUGGACCGGGAGGAUGAAGACGAGGAAGAGCACAAGGAUGAAGACGGCUGCAAGAGGGUCAGUCCCAAAACCACCAUCAGCGUGGAGGAGGAGCAGAAGUUAGAAGAGGACAAACAGAGGCAGAAGAAGAAGUACACUCGACUGUCUCGGCUCCGCAGACGUCGCUGUGCCCGUAAGGACGGUCAAGGAGACGACGAAAGCGACCUGAGCGAAGGCUUCGAGAGCGAAGAAGACGAGGAUGACGAUGAGGAGAGGAGAGGUCACACCGACUCUACAUGCGCAACCUCGACAGAACCCACAGUUAAUCCGUCUGUUCUGAGGAAGGAGGUCAAGAGAGACCCCCUGGGGGAGGAGGGCAGCUGGGGGAGCGGCUCCGAGGAAGAGGAGGAGGGGGGGACGGCCUUCGACGUGGAGACCGACUCAGACAUGAACAGUCAGGAGUCUCGCUCAGACCUGGAGGACAUGGAGGACACGGAGAACUCAGACCACCUGGAGAGUCAGGCCCGUGAGCAUCAGGAUGAAGACGACGAGGAAGAACAGUCGAAGGAGGAGGGAGGGGAGCGUGACGGCGACACCCCUCCCACCACCAACGGGCCCCUCCUCCCCAGCGACCCCAGCAUCAGCACCAACCUCCAAGCCAUGUCCUCGCAACUGUUCCAAGCUAAACGCUGCUUUCGCCUCGCGCCUACCUUCAGUAAUGUGCUACUAAGACCCCAAGGCUCCUCUUUGUCGGGCGCCCCCACCCCAACCCCGACACCCACUGAUGUGUCUGCCCCCCCCUCGCAAGAAACGCCCCCUCCAGCUGGAGACUCACCCUGCGACAUGAACCCCAGUACGGCCAAUGGAACCAGUGACAAUGAUUUGGACUCUGACUCUGAAGGCAGUCAACACAGCUCUGAGUCUGUCCCCAGUGAGAAAACCCUGCUGGAGAAGCUGGAGAUCCUGACCAACCAGGGCCUGAUCCAGGUGGUGAAGGUGUUUGUCGACUGGUUAAGGACAAACACAGACAUUAUCCUUAUGUGUGCACAGAGCUCUCAGAGUCUGUGGAACCGACUCUCUGUGCUGCUCAACCUACUGCCAGAUGGCGGCAAGAUGCUCGAGGCUGAUCUGGGCCUGAACGCUGAGGUGACACAGAUGUUGAAUGAGUGUGAGCAGCCGGCUUUGGUCCAGAGUCUGCUGCUGCCAGAGGACUUGGCUCUGAGACACCUGCCUGCCCUCAGCCCCGCCCACCGUCGCCUCGACUUCAGCCGCCGCGGGCCCUCCCUCAGCCCCCUGCAGGAGUGUGUGGUACGAGUGUGUUGCAUUCGCAGUUUCGGCCACUUCCUGACAAAUCUCCAGGGCAACGUGCUCCACUUCAACCCAGAGGCCGGCAUCUUCACCAGCAUCAACCAGUUGGAGCAGGAUAAUCUGGUGCAGCAGGCCAAGGCCCAGUUCAGAAUGGCUGAAGAGGAGGCUCGUCGGAACCGCCUGAUGCGUGACAUGGCCCAGCUCCGACUGCAGUUGGAGGUGUCGCAGCUAGAGGGCAGUCUUCAACAGCCUAAAGCCCAGUCGUCCAUGUCUCCGUACCUGGUUCCAGACACGACUGCUCUGUGUCAGCAUCUGAACCUCAUCCGACAGCUUGCCGGCAGCGGCUGCUUCAUCAUCAUCAUCCCUCGCACAGUGAUCGAUGGUCUCGACAGACUGAAGAAGGAGAAUCCUGGGGCGAGGGACGGUAUCCGCUUCCUGGAGUCGGAAUUUCGCAAAGGCAACAGGUACAUCCGCUGUCAGAAGGAGUCGGGGCGGAGUUUUGAAAGAGAUAAACUCAAAAGGCAGGACAUCGAAGCCUGGCAUUUAUAUAAGAUGGUGGACAGCUGUCGACAGCUGACGGUCUCCCAGAGCAACGGAGACGAGGAUACCGCCGGCAUGGUGACCAUUCUGACCGGACACGAGGUGGACGACAUGUGUUCUCGUUCAGCAGCGAUGAAGGCGGCCGUCGGGGCAGCGGGCGCUGCUGGGAUGGAGCUGAAGAACAUCGUGGAGUUCUACCGACAGUGGAAGGAGAUUGGCUGAGAGUCGGACGGGGGAGGCGGCUGUCGACGCUGCGAACAGCUGAUCGAUCACAACACUCGCUCCCUCUCUCUCUCCCACUCUUUUGCUCUGUGUGUUAUCUGCGUCUCCAAAAAGGCAAAAAAACAACAACUCAAAGGCGGAUGGAAAGAGUUAAAAGGUUUAAUAAAGAGGGCUGGGAAAAACAAGGAGGAAACUUUAAAAAAAAAAAACUUAAAAAACAAAGCAAGGAGAAAUGUGAGCGAAAAGAAAAGGCGCUAUAAGAAACAGCAGAUGGUUCUCCCCUCACCUCCCACUCCUAAUCCUAACCAUAAAGAGUGGCCCCUAGUGGUCAGAGUGAGGAAACAGAGGAGGGGAUGAAUACACAACUUUGAAGUGCCCCUGGUUCACACCCUAACCAGGUCUAAAUACACUGUAUAUGUUAGCAAAGCAACGUGUCGAGAGAGAAAGCGCGCGUACACACAAACACACAUCAACACAAUCAUGCUCAGAUGAAUCCAUGUAGAUGUUUAGAGCAGUGGUUUGGACCCCAACCAUCCAACCCCCCCAACCCCUCCAAACCCCCUAGUAGACCCAGGUCUCUAGAACUGGUUGAAGACACAGACUUGUCUGGGAUGAGCUUCUUAAGUGACUUUUUUUUCUUUAGUUUUGUCUUUUUUUUUGCAGUGUAUACCUUGUGAUCAGUGACUUUGUGCUUUUUCUGUACAAGGAAAAAAGAAGAAAAGUUAAGCAGGCGUCGCCCUGUGUAAAAGUUUUAAUUUGGAUUUUAUUUUUGUACCCAAAUGACAUUUAUUUUGGUUUUUUUUUUCUCUUUUUUUUGUUGUUUUUUUUUUUUUUUUCUUUUUUGUAAGCUGAGGCUGAAUGAAAUAUGCAAGAAUGUUCAAGAAUAAAAGGGGUGGGGGUUUAUCAUGCGUUCUUAAAAACAGUCUGUGGGUUCUGAAAGGGGAGGGGGAUUCUUUAUUUAUGGCGGUGUCAUGUUGUCCGGGGGGAGGAAGGAGGUGCCGAGUAGCAUCGUCUUCAUGUGUAGCUACAAGAAUCAGAUGAGAUGUUUUCUACAAAAAAAAAAAAAGGAAAAAUGUGGGUUGUGUUUGCACCCCGUCACCUCCUUUUAAAAAAUCUAUAUCCCAUCUCCAGUUCAAACCAUCUCCAUAGUGACUGUCCCAUCAUCAGUGCAAAAGAAAACCAGUAUAUGUGUGUGGCCAUGCAUUGAACAAUAAAAACAAACUCAUUUAAAAUAA